GUCCCCUCACCCCAGCGGCCGGCUCCUGCUCGUUUUUUCUUCUUCUUUGCGCCCUUUGGUCCUAGCAGUGAGCGACUUCGGAGCUUUGCGCUCACAUUUGCUGGCGAAAAGCUCCCAUUUGAUACCCUUAAUUCUAAUUUCCUCUGCGUCCCCGCCUCUUACAGCUGCGCCGCCAUGUCAGCCGAGAAUGAAAAGUCGUCGGCGGUCGCCGACGUGCAGCCUCAGCCCCAGUACCAGGGCGAGAAGAACGAGCAGCUCCAUACCGUGACGGAAUCGCCAGAAAAUGCCAGCCAGGCGCAAGAGCAGCAGCAGCAACCGGAACGGAGUCGCGCGGCCAAGCUGUUCGCCUAUAUGAAGACCCGCGAUUUCUGGAUCGUCCUGAUCCUGGGUCAAAUCAUUGCUCUGGCCGAUAUCAGUUCCUCCACCUUCUCCUCCCUCUUGUCCAACGCGGGAACGAGUAUUCCGGCCUUUCAAACUCUGUGGAAUUACGUCCUCCUGAACCUGGUCUACACGAGCAUCACCAUCUACAAGUACGGCUUCAAGAAAUGGUUCCGGGUCCUGUACCGGGACUGCUGGAAGUACUUCAUCCUGUCUUUCCUUGAUGUCGAGGGCAACUACUUCAUGGUGCUGGCCUAUCGCUACACCUCGCUGCUGAGCGCCGAGCUGUUCAGUUUCUGGACCAUCAUCUGCGUCGCCAUCAUCUCCUUCAUCUUUCUGCGCGUUCGCUACCACAUCACCCAAUACAUCGGCAUCUUCCUGGCCUGCGGUGGGCUGGGCAUGCUCAUUGCCUCGGACUACCUGCGUGGUGCCAAUUACCCUGCCGAGGACCAGGUGAAGGGUGACUUGUUCGCCCUUUUGGCCUGCACCAUCUACGCCUUCAGCAACCUGUUCGAGGAGUUCAUGGUGUCGAAGCGCCCGAUGUAUGAGGUCGUCGGCCAGAUGGGCUUCUGGGGCAUGCUCAUCAACGGCGUGCAGUGCGCCAUCUUCGAUCGGAGCUCCUUCCACGGCGCCACCUGGAACGGCAAGGUCGGUGGGUACAUUGCUGGAUACACCAUCGUGCUGUUUAUCUUCUACACACUGGCCCCGAUCAUGCUGCGGGUGUCGUCGGCCAUGUUCUUCAACAUCUCGCUGCUGACGAUGAACUUCUGGGGCUUGAUCAUCGGUAUCCAGGUGUUCCACUACUCCGUACAAUUCCUGUAUCCGAUUGCAUUUGUGCUGAUCGUGAUUGGGCUGCUGGUGUACUUUGUCAUGGAGGGCGAGAUGGGCGAGGCAGCCAAGCCGUGGCUGGGAAAUAACCAGGAAGCCGGUGUGGAUGGCGUGGGUACUGGUCGUCGGGCGCAGCAAACGGGGCAUGCGAUUGUGUAGGGGUGGGAUGGACGUGAUAUGAUGCGACGUGGGACGAGAGUAAUGUGUGCGGGACCAAAAGUUUUUCUUUAGAUCUUAAUACUAUAUACUAGACCGGCUGCAGUGCAAUUAAUGUUUUACGCUGUGCAGCUGAAUAGUUCCUAAUACGACAUUUUAUUUUCUG